CUCGUCAGUGUCCAAGACUCCAAACUCCAAGUUACGAUCGCGAACAUUACAUCUUCUCCCAUCGUUGAACUUACCAAACACCAAUUUUGCCAGCUAUCGUCUCUCCAUGAGGCCCUAUCAUGUCCAUAAUGGAAGACGAGGGCACUAACUCUAUAUCCCUGGCUGAUUCGACCAAAGAUGCGAAGGAUCUCCUAGCUUUAAGCUAUGCAGAACUCCGUGAAUACUUGCAGCGCCACGGCGACGUCAAUGGCACAAACGCAAUUCUCAACGUCCCAGGCGUGACUGCGCUUCCGGCUGGGGACCGAACUGAACUAGCGCGCAAGGUCAAUGCCGCUAUAUCGCUGCCGACACCAUCAACACUCGACGUCGACGAGCUAUUCAAGCGCUUGGGAUGUAUACCACAAGAAUGGAACAAACCUGAUACUCUGAGCCCGACAAUACGCCGUGAUUCGACCCAUAGCUCGAACGCGACGCGACCAGAUGAUGAUAUGCCUGGGGCUCAGGAAGUGGUCUGCCGAGAGUUGCUCGUCGAAUAUGGCGCCCGGCCCAUUUGCUCCAUCGAAGAGCGAGACAACCCCCCGACCCCCACCGCAUCCAACUACGAAGCAGUGUGGUCUUGGUUGCGGGAGCGCCCAGAAUCAGAGGUUGGGCGACAAGACAUGAAAUCAGUUUUGUCUGAGCAGUGGGCCCGGUGGUGGGAGUUCCGCAAGUCGCAAUGGCAUCACAGGGGAAUAAGCGACAGUAUGGAAGGGUACUCUGCGUUCCUUGCUGCAGAAAAGGAGUUGCUUAGGAGACAAGGAGAGUGGAAGCUGGCUGACAAUCCUAGAGACCACGAGGCCCAACAAUCCAUAUGGCAAUCGAUGCAUGUUUCCCAGCAGAUUCCGCAUGACCAUGGCUUCCUGGAGUAUAGCGAAGCUGUUGAACGGCGACUCGCGCCGCACCGUUUCCAGCUUCCUCUGGAGCUCAAACCCAAUCCACAUGAGCAGUCAACAUGGACCAACUGGCUCGAGUAUGUCAAUUUCGAACAGUGGCAUUUGGAGGAUCUGGAAAAGAAUGCUAGUGCCAUGGGAGAGGACUGUCACUGGGUUCCUUGGAAGAAGUUGCGCUCAGAUAAGCAAGCGGCAGCGGAAAAGUCGAAAGACUUGCGCCUAAAAUUAGAAGACGACCCAGAAACUGCGCAGCGUGCGCUGGCGGAACUGGACACUCUCAUCCUCUUGAUUCGCGACUAUUUCAGGGGUACACAUGAGUUUGCCAAAGUCCAGAAAAAGAUUCACAAGCAAAGGCUCCGUGUCAAGUGGGAGUGGGGGAAGCUCGCUCGAUGGAGAUGGAGGUCGCCCAGCGACCAGAGUCCUCGGGCAAGAAGCGGUGCGUUGACGAUGAGUCCUUUGAGCCACAGGCCAAAAGGUCUAGGCGAGAUGAUGGCAGCCGAAAUGAAGCGUCGAUCUCAGUGUCCGAGGGUGCGGCGCAUUCAGAAAGAAGUUGACGCUUGUUGGACGACACGGAGAGCUCCUAUAUCGACGAACCAGAUUACUUGGAUUGACCUCUCGCAAUCGAAUAUUAUUUAUUUGACUCUGGACCGCAUAUACUUCGACUGAAUUGAUGGACGGCGUGUUCGUUACAUCGCCACAUAGUCCACAUCCAAAAGAAUAGU